AUGGCAACCAAAUAUGAUCUUUCCCUCUGCAUUAUGACUCUCCUCCUCGCCCUUCUUACUCUCCUCUCUUACGCGACAGCCUCUCAUCCCCACAACAAGACCUCUUCCCCAUUCGAUUUCCUUGAGCAUCUCAAGGGUUGCCACAAAGGUAAUAGGGUCAAGGGCAUCAAUAACCUCAAAAAAUAUCUUGAGAGAUUUGGUUACUUGAACUACAAGAACCACAGUCGUUUCAACAACGAUGAUUUCGACGACCUUUUGGAGGAAGCCGUCAAGACUUACCAGAUAAAUUACCAGCUCAAACCCACCGGAAAGUUGGAUGACAAGACAGUGUCUACCAUGAUGAUUCCUCGUUGUGGUUUUCCAGAUAUCAUCAAUGGCACCACCUCGAUGCUGUCAGCCAAGCAUAGGCAGCACCAUGGUUCAAUUCAUACUACUGCUCAUUAUUCAUUUAUCCCUGGAAAUCCAAAAUGGCCUCCCUCGAAAUAUCGUCUCACUUACGCUUUUGCUCCCAACACCCGUUCUGACGCCCCAGCCGCCAUAGCACGGGCUUUCGCAACAUGGCAGAAGAACACUCACUUCACUUUUAGCAAGACUUCAAAUUACCAGAGUGCGGAUUUGAAAAUUAGUUUUCAGAGGAGGGAUCAUGGAGACGGGGUUCCAUUUGAUGGUCCUUUGGGAGUCCUGGCCCAUUCUUUUUCCCCGACGAUCGGAAUAUUCCACUUGGACGCAGAAGAGAAUUGGUCUGUGGGUGUUAAACCGGGUGCUAUUGAAAUGGAGACUCUGGCUUUGCAUGAAAUAGGGCACCUUCUGGGACUGGGACAUAGCUCAGUGAAGGAAGCUAUCAUGGUAUCAGGUCUCCCCGCGGGAGUGAAACGAGGUUUGCAUCCGGAUGAUAUUCAAGGUAUCAAGGCUUUAUAUAACGUUUGA